AUGGCCAAUUCUCCACGAUACAUGGGCUCGAUACGGCCGGCUGUUAUUGGCAUGGGCCGAGUUUUCGGCGCCAGCUUAACAGCUGUUUCCGCAUUUCCAGUCGACUCCAAGGGCCAUCAUGAUGCCGGCGAAGAGGGCGGCAGCAGUCUUUGGGUCCUUGCUGUUGCCUCGAUGGUUCUGGUCCUUCUCGGCGGUGCUUUUGCAGGAUUGACAAUUGCGCAAGUUCUCCUCCCUCUUGGCGACGCACGACAUUUGCUGACCUCUACACUAUUAAAACGAGGAAAGCAUUGGGUUCUAGUUACGCUGUUGCUGUCAAACGUCAUUGUCAACGAAUCGCUUCCUGUUGUGCUGGACCGAACUCUUGGCGGAGGUGUUGCUGCUGUCGUUGGUAGUACCGUCCUUAUCGUUAUCUUUGGCGAAAUUGUUCCUCAGUCUAUUUGCGUUCGAUUCGGUCUUCCCAUCGGCGGAUACAUGUCGACACCGGUUCUCCUGCUCAUGUACCUCACCGCUCCCGUCUCUUGGCCCAUUGCGAAGCUUCUCGAUUGGAUUUUGGGUGAGGAUCAUGGCACCUUGUACAAGAAGAGUGGACUCAAGACUCUUGUCACUCUCCACAAGUCCCUAGGCGAGAUCUCUGAGCGACUGAACCAGGAUGAGGUCACCAUUAUUACAGCCGUUCUAGACUUGAAGGACAAGCCCGUCGCUGAAGUUAUGACACCCAUCUCUGACGUUUACACGCUUGCUGAAGACCAUAUCCUUGAUGAGAAGACAAUGGAUGAUAUCCUGUCUUCGGGAUACUCGCGAAUUCCAAUCUACCGCGCCGGAAACGAGCUGGAUUUUGUUGGCAUGCUUCUGGUCAAGACACUUAUCACCUACGACCCCGAGGACAGAAUUCCUGUUCGCGAAGUCCCUCUGGGUGCCAUUGUCGAAACCCGCCCCGAGACAAGCUGUUUGGACAUCAUCAACUUUUUCCAGGAGGGCAAGUCGCAUAUGGUCCUCGUAUCAGAAUUCCCCGGUUCAGACCAUGGCGCCAUGGGCGUUGUUACUCUUGAAGAUGUGAUUGAGGAGUUGAUUGGAGAGGAAAUCGUUGACGAAUCUGAUGUCUAUGUCGAUGUUCACAAGGCCAUCCGACGUCUCAAUCCCGCACCCCGAGCUCGCCGAAUUCAUGCUACUGCCGCCGCCGCUGCUGCUAUGGCCACCAAGAAGGCUCCCGGUGACUCCAUUCUUGUCGAUGUGGAGGACCAUGCCGACGGCCUGCACCCCAACGUCGAAACUGCCUCCUUUCAUAGCAACUAUGAAGGUGGGUUCCACAAUUCUGCGAGGACUGCCAUUCACAUGAAGCGACGAACAUCUGAUGGCGGCAUUGAAGGCACCCCAGUUGUAGUGAAAGCCAGUCUCGAUGAAAUGAGGUCCCAACUCCGUCUCGGACCUGCCAACCGCGCUGCGAACCCUCGCAGCAAUACCCGCAGUCUUUUCAAGAUCAAGCAAGGUCUAGCUGCAAACAGCACACCCCCCAACGAUGGAUCAAGACCCCUACCGCCCCGAGCAGUAUCUCACAUGGGUUUCACAAAUACACACGGACAUUCGCCGGCGCGGAAUGCCGGCCACGAGCGAACGCCGUUGUUGGGCCUGGGUGAGGACCACGAGGAAGCUGUUGAGGACGAUGAGCAUGAUGGUCACAACCACAAGACCAAUGGCACGAGUUAA